AUGUUCAACCGUUUAACCAUCAACGACAGCAAUGAAAAUUCUGAUCAACAAUAUUCAGCUCCGUCGUAUCAUCUAAUGCAACCUGCAUCAUUCGUCGUACAGCCAACGCAAUCAAUAUUACAUGUUAAUGAUCUUGAUACAUCACCAUUUUCUGUUCGAGAUCCACGGUUAAAUAACGAUCAUCAUAUUUUGAACGAAUCGUUAUCCACAAUUACUAACUCGGCAAUAAAUCAGGAAAGCAGUCAAGUAUUUCAAGAAUCACCAGCAAAACGACGUCGAUCAACUGCUAAUAGUGUUUCAAUGACAUCAUCUGCUCCACCUCCUCGUAAAAGAUUUAACCCUGUUUUACAAAGUACUGGAGCGUCACAACUAAGUAACAUGAUUGGUACGACUGCAUCAUCUAUUUCAAGAACACGAAUUACGACUUCGAAAUCAGUUCCUGAAAUAACACAAUAUGGUAAUAUAAAAAAGAAAACUUCGUGCAGCCUAUAUUUCUUUUUUUUU